CCAUUGUAUUUGGCUCUCUCUCUGGAAAACACAAUAAGAGUUGAUUACUAUGUGGACUUACCUUCUUCCUUUUGCACUAGUUUGCUUUUGUGAGUGUCUCUUCCGUCUGUCAACAGCAGACCAAGCCAGUGACUGGACGGAUGUGGUCAUGGCGCAGGCGGGCUCGGCCGUCACGCUCCCCUGCUUGGGCAGCACACCUGCCCAGUGGGACUCUUGGAUGAUGAUGUCAGCCGGGGAGAGCCACUGGACCGUGCUGCUGUCAGCCGACGCUAGCGGGGGUCCGGUGCACGGGCUCCCGCGGAAGCUCAUCCAGCUGGGCGGCAGGAUGUUUGAGAUAACAGAGGACGCAUCGCUGCGGUUCAUCGUCACAGCAACAGCAGGGGGACGGUACUCGUGCUCCAUGCGUGUCAACAGCAGGACGCUGGAAAAGAGGAUCGUUCUUCUGGCCCUCAUUGACUUGACUAUAACACCACCACCCCCCAUAAAAUUGGACGGCCUCGUGCGUCUGGAAGCCAAGGUCUUUCCUGCCUAUGUUGCCACCAGAGGGGCAUGGCAUUCUCCCACAGGCGCACGCUUGCUCACCAGCAUAUCCUCCGCGGGCAUCUUCCUCACGAAGCUGCCCCACGUUGCCGCGGACGACCAGGGCCUCUACACAUGCAGCAUCCGGGUCCGUGGGCAGAGCCAUAAGCCUGUCUACAACUACACACUGGCCGUGGCCGUGGACGUGAGGCACGUGGCACCGUUACCAAGUAUUAAAUAUGAUUCCAUACGCAGCGCCGCGGUUCUCGCCGGGUCGCCCGUCGAACUCCCCUGCCCCCCCGUCCUCGGCGACUACGUGCGGCUCUACUGGUGGCGUCCGGACACCUUGCAAGACGCUCAGCCGGAGCUGGCCUUCUCCUUCGACCGCUGGAGGAACCGCACGCAUCAGGCUAAGCCCCGCCUCCAGCUGCAAGGCCCCGCCUCCCCAGGAAGCACCGGCAACAUCUCCUUCCUCCUGACGCCGGCGCUGGCCGACGCAGGCCACUACCAGUGUGAAGUUUUCCUGGACAGCGAGGCGUUCGGUCAAGUCACCGCUCUGACCGUUUUACGCGGGCAUGAACGGCUCUCCUCUUCUUCUUUGGACCUGCGUUGUGAGUUUGCAGAGCGCUCUCAGGUGGCGUCCGUGGGCUGGACGCAUGUGCCUGCCCUCAACCUGAUGCAAACCGCCAUCAUAGGCCGGGUGACCAUCACAGUGCCCCUCCCCGUCACCCCCGACACUGCCGGUCCGUACACCUGCACACUGCGCCUGAAGACCGGCCAGGUGGUCUCGUACCAGUACACGCUCGCGCCGCCCCCUACAGAGGGUAACAGCAUGCCAGAGCCGCCCAUUCUUCUCCCCUCGCUGUCUCUCCUCCUUUUUCUGGUGCCCGUCUCUGCUGUGGCUGUCGGAUUGUUGCUAUGGAGAUGGGGACGUUGCACCUUCCGCCGGAAUGUUGAGUGCACUCUGUCUCACUACUCUGGCGAAGUGGAGAAUAUUUAUGAAGAUCCUGAGGAUCUGAGACAGCAGUCAACUCCACAAUCCGCCGUGUAUAUGGACCUGAAGCCCACAGGCCAGACAGAUGUGUACAGGGAAUUAGACAGAUAUGACAAGUGUUGUGCUUGAGUCUUUCUGAACU